GUCGCCUGAUUGGCUGUCUGUCUCUGUCUCUCUCUUUUCAUGGCGAGGCCGACGUCCGUCGCGAUGAGUCUGCAGCAGCUCGAGGGUGUCGCCGACCUCUCCUCGCUGUCGCCCGUCACAGACGAUGCCGUCGUUGCUUGUCUCCGCGAACGCUUCAUGGCGGACUCCAUCUACACCGCACUCGGCCCACCUGCGCUUGUCGUCCUCAACCCACACAAGUACGUCUCCUCGAACGCCGACUCCGUACUCCACAAGUAUGCCGCAGAGUACCGCGACACUUCUCCGGGAAAAUCCCGUCUGCCCCCCCACAUCUUCCAGCUCGCCAACAACGCUUACUACCACAUGCGGCGCACCGCACAGGAUCAAUCCAUUCUUUUUAGCGGCGAAACCGCAAGCGGCAAGUCCGAAAAUAGACGUCUCGCCAUAAAAACCCUUCUCGAACUCUCCGUCUCGAAUCCCGGAAAGAAAGGCGCAAAACUCGUACAUCAAGUCCCAGCUGCCGAGUUCGUCAUCGAAUCCUUUGGAAACGCCCGUACCCUCUUCAAUCCGAACGCUUCCCGCUUUGGGAAGUACACAGAGCUGCAGUUCACCGACAGAGGUCGCCUUUGUGGCAUAAAGACCCUCGACUACUAUCUGGAAAGAAACAGGGUCGCCUCCAUUCCUUCAGGCGAACGUAAUUUCCACAUCUUCUACUACCUCGUCGCCGGUGCCUCUCUGGAGGAGAGGCAACAUCUUCAUCUCCAAGAGAAGGUACAUUACCGGUAUCUCGGUCAGCGCGGCGCAGGUGCUCGUCCCAACGCAGUUAGGGACGACGACGCACACCGUUUUGAACAACUCAAAGUCGCCCUCAAAACCAUCGGUCUUUCCAAACGGCAUGUUGCCCAGACGUGCCAGCUCAUCGCCGCCAUCCUCCAUCUCGGCAAUCUCGAAUUUACAAUCGACCGUGCUAGAGACGUCGACGCUGCCGUCGUCCGCAACGUAGAUACCCUCGCCCUCGUAGCAGAGUUUCUCGGCUCAUACAAGACCAAGCUGGUCAAGAAGGAACUCUGCACCGUCUUCCUCGACCCCGACGGAGCAUCUGAUAACAGGGACGACCUCGCCAAAACCCUUUAUUCCCUGCUUUUCGCAUGGCUCAACGAGCAUGUCAACCAACGUCUCUGCAGAGACGACUUCGACACUUUUAUCGGUUUAUUCGAUCUCCCCGGUCCACAGAACAUGACGGGCAGAUCCAACUCGCUGGAUCAAUUCUGCAUCAACUUCGCCAACGAACGACUCCACCAUUUCAUUCAACAACGGCUGUUUGAGUCCCACGUCGACGAAUACCAAUCAGAAGGCAUAUCUAAAUAUGUCCCCCCCAUUUCUUACUUCGACAACUCCGAAUGCGUCCGACUCUUCCAGAACAAACCCGGUGGCCUUAUUCACAUCAUGGACGACCAAGCUCGCCGAUCCCACAAAAAGACGGAUCACACCAUGGUCGACGCCUUCGCCAAGCGAUGGGGCAACCAUUCCUCCUUUAAACUAGGAAGUGGCUUGGAUAGGUCUGGUUUCCCUAUGUUCACCGUUUGCCAUUUCAAUGGCCCGGUGACAUACUCCUCAGAGGCGUUUUUAGAGCGCAACCUCGAUGCUCUUAACCCCGAUUUUGUGGCUCUUCUUCGCGGCACGGCGGCCGGCGCUGGCCUCGGGGAUGGUGCUGAAGGCGCGGGGUCCAUCAAUCCCUUCGUCAAAGGUCUCUUCUCGGGCAAAGCCAUUGCUACACAGGCCCAUCCUAAGAGCGAGGACAUGAUCGUUGCGGCCCAACAACCCGUUAAACCCAUGCGCGCUCCUUCCACCCGACGCAAAAAUACUGUUCGUCGUAUGCCCCGUGACAAUGCUGCCACUGGCACGACUCCUCCCAUCGUCGAAGAAGAACGUGAGGACGAGGACGUCACUACUUCCCAGAACACAGGUACUCCGUGCGUCGCAGGUGAGUUCCGCGCCGCCCUCGACACACUCUUCGAGACGUUGGGGGACACACACAAUUGGUUUGUGUUCUGUAUCAACCCGAAUGACUCCCAACUUCCGAAUCAGCUCGAGGGACGGUCGGUCAAAGGGCAGGUACGCAGCUCAGGGUUGGUCGAGGUUGCGAAGAGGAAUGCAUGUGUGUUUGAGGUCGGUAUGGCUCCGGACGAGUUUUGUCAGAGGUAUAGGGAUCCGAUGGGCAAGGUACUUCUUGGUGACGGAAAUGAGACGCCAGCAGAACGCAUUGAGAGGAUGCGGGUGGCUUUGGGUCUUGGAGAGACCGAUGUGGUUUUGGGACAGCACAAGGUCUUCCUUUCACAAGCCGCUUUCCACGCGCUUGAAGACUAUCUACGCGCAGCCGACGUCGAAGAACAGAAGCGCAACCGGAUGCGCGAAGCAGAAGUAGAAGCUGGUCUCGAUGCCCGAUCUGGCGGCGAUCCCUAUGCCCCAUACCUGACCCCCUCUACAGUCGGAGUCGAUGAAUCUGCCUACGCGAAUGCGUACGGUGAUCAGGCUCCACUCGUUGGUCGAGGCUCCUCUUUCCAUAGGGAAUACGAUGAAGAGUACGACGAAGCCAAGACGGUACAAAGUGACGAGUUCGAUGGGAGGAGUCGGCUGACAAGCGAUCGCGACGAUUCAAAUUCGAAUUAUGGCACCGAGUCGUACGCGCCCUCUCGCAACAUGUUCCACAACGCGGACAAGGAGGGAUUGAUGCCGAAGGAGACGCUGCCGGGGGAAAUCUUAGAGGGCGAAACCACCGAAAUCGUCAAGGAGUCGUCUGCGCGGAGACGAUGGGUAAUGCUUUGCUGGAUGUUAACCUGGUGGAUUCCUUCUCCGUUCCUUGAAGUGGACGUGCGGCAAGCGUGGAGAGAAAAGUUGGCCUUGAACAUGGUCAUCUGGCUAAUAUGUGCCUGUGCGGUAUUUGUCAUUGCCGUGCUGGGGUUGGUCAUCUGUCCUACGCAGCAUGUGUUCAGCACGUCUGAACUGGCGUCGCACUCAUAUCAGAACAAUCCAAAUAACGUCUAUACGUCGAUUCGGGGAGAGGUCUUUGAUUUGACUGCCGUGGCGGCGACGCAUCAGCGUGUCGUCAGCGUGGUGUCGACGAAGUCUGUCCUCCAGUAUGGUGGCAUGGCUUCAGAUGCAAUUUUCCCUGUGCAGGUGAGCGCGCUAUGUAACGGCGUCUCAGGUUCUGUGAGCCCCUGGUACCACGACUUCCGUGCUUUUACCAAUGACUCUCGCCCGGACUGGUAUUUCGAGAGCAUGACGAUCAUGCGGUGGAAUAAUCGCGUUGGGUACGUGGGGUACACGCCUUCAGAGAUUAAGGAUAUGGCCAAUAGCGGAUCGUCGGUCGGCAUCCUCGAUGGGUUGAUCUAUGAUUUAACCACGUAUCUCAAUUAUCCGCCUGCUGUCGUUACGCCUACCGGUACGCAAGCGGGCGGAAGCGUCGACACACAAUUCAUGAGUUCCACCAUCGUCGACCUGUUCAAGAUCAACUCCGGGCAGGAUUUUACGAAGCAGUUUAACGAUGGUCUUGGACUUGAUUCUGCAACGCUCGAAAGCCAGAAGACGUGUCUUCGCAAUUUAUUCUUGAUCGGUGCGGUCGACAAUCGAAAUUCGCCGCAGUGUCUGUUCUCGCAAUAUAUCUUGCUCGUCCUUUCGGUUCUCAUGGUCUCCAUCAUCGGGUUCAAAUUCAUUCGCGACCAUGACAAGUUCGUGAUUUGCCAAUCCCUUCGGCGUACGAUCAAUUCAUUGGCCGUGCUCAAGUAUGACGAUAAGCGCAAACUGAUCCUCAUCGUGUGCGACGGGAACAUCGUCGGAUCUGGCAACGAUCGCCCGACACCACGUAUCGUGCUUGAUAUUCUGGGUGCUGACCCGAACUUGGACCCUGAGCCACUCAGUUUUGUAUCGAUCGGCGAGGGCGCCCGACAGCACAAUAUGGCCAAAGUGUACUCGGGUCUGUACGAGUGUGCUGGACAUGUCGUCGGGAAGCCGACAGAGAGGUCACGUCCCGGAAAUCGUGGUAAGCGUGAUUCACAGAUGGUGGUCAUGCAUUUCUUGAACAAGGUGCAUUACAAUACGCCGAUGAAUCCCCUUGAGCUCGAGAUGUAUCACCAGAUCAAGAACGUCAUCGGCGUCAACCCGACAUUUUACGAGUAUCUAUUUACCGUCGAUGCAGAUACGACUGCAGAGCCGUACGCGCUUAACCGCCUCAUUUCUGCGAUGAUUCACGACAAGAAAGUCCUUGGCGUGUGUGGCGAAACAUCCCUUGCCAAUGCCAAACAGUCGAUUGUGACGAUGAUGCAGGUGUACGAGUACUUCAUCUCCCAUCACAUGGCGAAGGCGUUCGAGAGUCUGUUCGGCUCGGUCACUUGCUUGCCUGGUUGUUUCACCUUGUUCCGUCUGCGCACGCCAGACACGCACAAGCCCCUGCUCGUCUCCAAUCAAAUUACCCAAGAUUAUUCCCAGAACCGUGUCGAUACCCUACACAUGAAGAACUUGCUACAUCUCGGAGAAGAUCGUUAUUUGACAACCCUAUUGCUCAAACACUUCCCGAUGUACAAGACGCAAUUUAUCAGGGACGCUCAUGCCGAGACGGUCGCUCCAGACGAUUGGAAGGUUCUGCUUUCACAACGUCGUCGUUGGAUCAACUCGACCAUCCAUAAUCUUGGUGAACUCAUGUUCCUGGAUCAGCUUUGUGGUUUCUGUUGCUUCUCCAUGCGUUUCAUUGUCAUGAUGGAUCUCGUAUCGACGCUGAUUCAGCCCGUCACCGUGGCAUAUAUCGUCUACUUGAUCGUGUCGGUCGUUUACGAGCACAAUACCAUCCCCUUCAUCUCCCUUGUCAUGAUUGCCGCCGUGUACGGCUUGCAAGCCUUGGUGUUCGUUCUGCGUCGCAAAUGGGACAUGGUUGGAUGGAUGGUUUUCUAUAUCUUGGCCAUCCCGAUUUUCUCAUUCAUGCUUCCAAUCUACUCAUUUUGGCGUAUGGACGAUUUCUCAUGGGGUGCCACACGUGUCGUACUAGGAGAAUCUGGCAAGAAGAUCAUCGUUCACGAUGAAGGCAAGUUUGAUCCUCGCUCUAUUCCCCUCAAGACAUGGAACGACUAUGAAAAUGAGUUGUGGGACCGAGAAUCCAAUCACAGCAUCGGCUCUUGGGUACCUCCCACCCAAUUCCGCAAGGAAGGAUACGCCGAGUCUCGUACUGCAUCCCUGUAUGGCCACGAAACCUUCUACGAGCCUCGUAGCCAAUCACCCGCUCCCUCGCAGUUUGGCGUACUCCCAGCUGGUAUGCAAUCUGGUCGCAAUACUCCUCUGUCAAUGGCGAUGUCGCAUAUGCGCCCUAUGAGCGAAGUCGGAAUACUACCUCAACAGACGUUCUCAAGGCCCCCCACAACUUAUUUGGACAUGUCAAUACCAAUGACGCAGGAGAUGGACUUUGGACCUGUGGCGCCAAGCGAUGUUGACCUGGAGCGUGCUGUUCAGAAUAUUUUACGGACUGCAGACCUGAACACCGUCACGAAACGCGAGGUUCGACGCCAAUUGGAGGAGCAGUUUGGGACGGAUUUAACGGCACGUAAAGCGAUGAUCAAUGCCGCCAUCGAUCGGACCCUGCUCGAGAGCCAAUCGUGAUGACGUUAAAUCACCUGAAUAUUUUUGCAAUAAUGGACUACGUGGACUGGAUUAUAUAGCUUGUUUGUGAACAGUCCGUAGAUGUCCAUGGUCCCUCUGACUCACCCAUCAUCGCCGACCUUAUACGCCGCUUUUACUGGCUGCUGAUCGUUUUCUACAGUCUCUCGUUUUUCCCCCCUCCUUAGCAUAUUGACAUUCUCGUUGAACGCUUUUAUUUCUCUCAUUAGUGAUAUUCUCUCUACUCUCGUUCUCGUUCUUUUACCAUCGGACUUGCAUUUACAUCUCAUGUGUUCUACCUACAAGGAUUGAAUAAAUUAGAACUCGAGCCUAUUCCAUGCUAUCCAUCUAGAAAUGUGGCUGUGCCAAGAUGAUGGCGAGCUGAGAGG